AUAUAGCGCUUUACAGAAUAUUGCUGCUCACUGUCCAUCUAUUUGUAUGUCCUCCCCACGCUCCAAACUCCAUGCAGAUGUCGUCCUUGGUCAGGACCCCAGUGCCGACCACAGGAGCCGCCAAUUUAUAACAUCCAGACCCUCCAGUGAUGCUAGUUAGUAACAGCCAGGUAUGGCGCAAGGAAACUUUUUUUUAUUUUUUUUAUGGAGGUUUUUAAAAAGUUGUUUUGUUUUUAUCUUGGUAUGCUGGGGCAAUGCAUUGCACAUGAUUGGAAUGGACGGAGAUAGCAGAUCGUACUUUUUUCAAGCUGCUUUUUCUGCACCGUUCUGUCCUGGUGAUUGUUUACAGGUUAUGACGACUAAUCUCAAACCAAACAAGGCAUUAAAGGUAAAGAAGGAGGCGGGAGAGAACGCCCCAGUAUUAAGCGACGAUGAGCUUGUGUCAAUGUCUGUGCGGGAGCUAAACCAGCACCUCCGAGGUCUCUCAAAAGAGGAUAUCAUCCGCCUAAAGCAACGUAGGCGCACACUGAAAAACCGCGGCUACGCUGCCAGCUGCCGAGUAAAGCGCGUCACCCAAAAAGAGGAGCUCGAGAGACAGCGCGUGGAGUUGCAGCAAGAAGUGGACAAGCUGGCGCGAGAGAACUCCAGCAUGAAGCUUGAGCUGGAUGCUCUACGGUCCAAGUACGAAGCCCUCCAGACCUUCGCCCGCACAGUCGCCAGGGGCCCCAUCACCCCGACCAAGGUUGCCACCACCAGCGUCAUCACCAUUGUGAAGUCUGCCGACUUGUCCUCGGCGUCCAUACCGUUCUCCGCAGCGUCCUAGUAUCCAGAAAAGCGAGCGGUGGAGAGAACUAGAUGCCUGUUCUGAGAGGGACAUUAUGGGACUCGCUUAAUAUCGUUUCUCAGUUCCUUCCCGGCCUAUUCAGAUGUUAGGCAUUGCCUUUGAUUCCGUACCCCACCCCGACAUGACGCAUAGAGGUUACACGCAGGUUCACAACACUAUGGCCUUGUCGUAGUUGUACCAGGGAAUAUGUCUCGUUGCGUUGGAUGAGGUUCCUUAAUUUCAUUCUCAAUAGGACUUUAUGUUUAAAUUAUGGAUCUUCUCGGACCCUUCAUAAACAUCACUUUAGGAAAGUGACAGGGGCUUCUUUUUUUUUUUUUUGUAUUUAUUUUUGUUAAAUUUUUUUUUAAGACAUUUUUUGUUUAUUUUCUGGGUAACCAGAAAUGAAAGCAGAAUAUCAAUAUGUAAUAAUUUAUAUGUUGCCGACGUCAUGUCCUUGUGAGGAUUGUGGUCAGCGCCUGUGGAGUUGUCGCUUGUCGUUCUCCGGUGGGAUGUUUUAUUUAAUUUUUUCCAUUUUUUUUAAUGGCCUUUGUAAAGAAUCUCAGGAUUUCCUUAAAUAUUGAAAUGUACCAAGGUGGCAUCCACGUGUUUGUAAUAAUUUCCGUCCUCACAAAUCCUUCACAGCUGGUGAUGACGUAAAACCAUUGUAGAGCGCAAUUUUUCUACUCUGUGUGUUUUUUGUUUUGUUUUUAUUUCUUUUGUUUGUAGAUUGAUCUUCGUGAUUCACACUGAUGCAUUUGUAAUCCCGCAGCCAUUGGGCAAAGUGACGGGCUGAGGUAGACUGGCUUGCUACCCACUGUUUUGUAUUGGCUGGCCGAUCCAGUCAUAUUCGAUUUCCAGCGAAUGCCGUACAUUCUGCUGGAAACGUUGCGGCUCCCCAAAUAGUAGUAUUGUUGAUGGCUUAAAGGAACCACCAGAUAAAUUGUUACCACGCUAUAUGCCUAGGGCAGGGCCCGAGGAGGUGGCGCAGCAUGACUUUUCUAUGUAAUGUUCUUUGUGUCGCGCUACGCCUCCUUAUUCCCUGCACUAGGCACAGCGCGGUCUGUUGUGCUCGGAGGGCUCCUUUAUUAGUGUUGUGAUAUUGCAGUGGUUGAACGUUACAGCUGGUAAUGAUUUUGUGCUAUGAAGGUGUGACG